AAUUACCGAUUUCCGAACUUAAGUGUGAUAAUCAAAUUUAUGCACAAAGAAUAGAUCCGUGCAAGUUGCAUGAUCCAUCACAUGGAAAUCGUUCUGAUCGUCGUGGAAAAUCCAAACAAAUCGUAAAGAAAGUAUAUAAAACAGCUAUAGAUGUGGCUUGUAGACCAUUUAUUCAUCCUAAUUCAAAAGAAGCAGUUCAAAUAUCAUGGGAGCAUAUUGAAGAGGAAAGAAUUACCAUCGGUGAAUUAUAUCUGGAACUUACAGGUUUAUUAAAAAAUGUUAAUCCCGACAAAUUUAUUUCUACUGAAUCAUCAUCAUGUCCCGAAACAUCUAACGUGACUAUUAAAAGUCAGAUGACAGAAUUAAAAUUAUAUGAUGACAUUUUUAAUGAGAAGAUUUUACCAGUCGAAGAAGGAAUAAGGCUUCACAGAACUGAAACAAAAUCUCUUGAUAAAACUAAAGCUCUUAAAAUUUUUAAAAUGGCUGCUGAUGGAGGCAAUGCUGACGCACAAUUAUUAUACGCAUUCACCUUACCUAAAACAAAGAAGAAUCGUGAAAAUUUUCUUAGUUAUCUUAAAAAAGCAGCUGAUAAUGGAAAAGACAUUGCAAUGUAUCAUCUUGCUGAUAUAUAUUUAAAUGGAAAACGUAAUAUACCAUGUAAUAAGCAACUCGGAUUAAGGUACUUGAAACUUUCUGCAUUGAAAAAAAAUGAACUGUCACUUCGAUUAGUAAAGGCUAUGAAUGUAAAUAUCUAUGAUUCUAAUGAUUUUAAUGAUUCUGAUGAUAGUAGUUUUUAA